AUGUCCAAGUAUAUCGAAGUGCUUGAGAAGAGGCUUGCUGUUUUGGAGGGGCGACAUCCUGAGUCGGACGAUGAGGCCAUCAACAGUCCGGUCGGCAGCGAUGAAUCGCCAUCACAAGCCGGCGAGCCCUCGCCAGGGGCUGAUGGCUCUCUGCCGGCACCUUGUCCCCCGUCUGACGAGCGACAUGCUUACAUCUCUCCUGAUAUGUCCGAUAUUGCACAUCCCGGCGCUGCCGACAAUGGGAACAGUCCCCAGAUGGGCAGGUCCAGACCGGAGCCUGACCAUGUUAGACGCCGGGUAGGCUCGUCCUUGGACAAUCUAUCGGCGAUCGUGGACGAUCACAUAGAUGGCUUGGGCGCGAUUACGCGGCUUGCGCCAUCGUGUGGCAGUCCUCCCGAAACAGAGCGGACCAUCUACUUCGGAACUUCCAGCACGGUGAACUUUGUCAAACAGGUUCACCAAAUCCUGUCCGAGGCCGACGCCGGUGUUCAGCAGGACGCACGCUCAUCUGAUCUACCAAAGCCGAAACGUCGGCAUGAUUCCCACCGUGAUCUUCACGGCCCAAAGCUCAUCGAAGAAUACGCAAUUCCCACACGAGGCGAGUCAGAGUCGAUGCUUGCAAGCUUUUGGACAAGAACAUACCCGCUCUACCCCUUCUUGAACCGCAGUGACUUCGACGAAUCAUACUGCGAACUUUGGACUCCCACUUCGCACAACGAUGUCCGCGCUCCGAUGGCUGCAGCUAAUUAUGGCGACUCUGGUUACUGUGAAGACUCAGGUCAACACCGAGUUCGUGUACACGGAGACGGCAUACCAGAGUCCCGACGCUUCCACGUCCUAUUGAACAUCAUGUACGCUCUGGGCUGCCUGUCCGGUACGUCGAAACAUACUACGACACAGGCGGAACGUGCUCAAUUCUACUGGAGACGCUGUAAGGAACUGCUUGAACGGGACUUCGAUAUAUUCAACCGCCCUCGCACGCGCUUCAUCCAAGCUGUGCUUUACAUGAGCGUCUACAUGCAGAGUACCGAGGAAUUGACGUCAGCCUCAUGGAAUCUGAGUGCGAUUGCUAUCAGAAUGUCACAAGCUUUGGGCCUCCAUUGCGCCGUCACCAACAAAUCUCAGGAUCCAGCACGUCUCAAAUUGCUCUCUGUUCGUGCGCAGACCUGGGCAGGCUGCGUCGUGAUGGAUCGCACUUUGUCGCUGAUCUAUGGACGGCCACCUUCUAUUCCUCCCAUCAGUAAAGGCCUCCGGAAGCUGUACAUGCAAAGACUAUCGGACGACCCGUCUCAUGAUAGACACAUCGUAAUGUUCAUGGUGAAGUCCUUGAAAUUGGCCGAACACCUAAGUGACUUUACUCAAUUUCUCGACAGCUCCGAUUUUCCAACAAGCACUUCAGACUCCGACCAGUCUGCAGUGCUUUCGUCGGACGUCGAUCUACCUUCGGGUCUCUGCCAGAAGCUUAUCGAUUUCGGAGCUGCCUUAAGACAAUGGGAGAAAGGGCUGCCUCCGCCUUUAGCACUGCCAGCUAUGGACAUGCAGACGACAGAAGGGACGUCUGCGACCCAUUCUGUGGAUAGACAGGCUGUGGUACUACGUGCACGGUUCCUGUACAGUCAAAUCGUCGCAUAUCGGCCGCUGCUACUAUACUACUCAAGCAUUGCACGGCACCGAGACACUUCUCAAACUGAUUGGCUAUCAACCUCUUCCGGGCUGAACGACGCUAUCAUCCAGAAGACAUGUAAAAUGUGUACAGAUGCAGCCAUCAAGCUGGUUUCCACGCUUGCGUGGGCUGCACGGACUAACAGCGAGGCACUGCCAGAAUCGUGGUACACCAUUUUCUAUCUCUAUAAUUGCGGCAUGGUCCUAUUGCUUCAGCGAAACCUUUUCUCUUGCCUGACAGACUCAGAAGCCGCAUGGUCGAAGUGUAUAGAGCUACUGCAGUCUUUCCAGCAUGGCAACCGAACGGCACUCCGAUGCAUCAAGCUGCUACUUCGGUUGUCUGGCCAGGCAUUUCCGCUUCUCAGCAUGGGCGGCCCACAGGCAACGACGACAUCUUGGAGACCAGAAACGCAGACCGGGCCGUCUAUGCCUGUUGACAGACCCUCCUCACUCAACGACACCACGAACAUAGCGAACAGAGUAGAUCGCUUGAGUCAACCGCCAGCGAUCCAGGGUCUCGGUUCAUUCGGCAAUGUCUACGGCCGCAGCGGCGAUGUUAGCUUCUCGGCAUUUGCUUUCACUCCGCGGGAUGUAUCACAAUCUCAUACCCAGCAGAUGUAUCAGCAGGACGAAUUCCAAUGCCCUCCUCCAGCGGCUCCGACAGACGGCGACUUUGGUACUGCGGCCCAACAUCCUUCGACGACUCGCUUGGUAUUGACAUGA